CAUGCCGUAUCGAGCUAAACAGCGAAGACUCAUCGUACACAUUGACGCUAAGCAGUAUCAAGAGGACAUGGAUCGCGUCAGUCAAGGCCGACCAAAUAUUUACGAGCAGAUCAACCUUGUCGUCCGUCGACGCGGCAGAGAGAACAACUUCCGCCCCAUUCUUGAGUCCAUCCGCCGCCUUACGCUCUCAGAUAUCCCAGCACCUUCAUGGCUGCAGGAAGUUUUCCUCGGCUAUGGCGACCCGUCUUCUGCGACCUACAAGCGGCUACCCAACCGCCUGCAUUCGAUAGACUUUCGUGAUACCUUCUUAGACUGGCAACACCUGAUCGAAUCCUUGCCCGGCAGAUCAAUCGAACCCCAUGAAGACGCACAGUCCUCCUUUGGACCACCAUACGUCUUGCAGUUUCCUGCAGCAGGCGAAGCCAAGCCGGCACCUGCUCGAUCGUCGAAGAAGCGGCGGCGCGACCAAGUUGAGGUUGUACAGCCUGCGCAUGAAUCGGUCCAUGUUUCUACAUACAAGCCUCCAAACAUGGGUCCCUACCCUGCAGACACACUCAAGCUGAACAGCGUCAGGUUUACCCCUGCUCAGAUCGAAGCAAUCACAUCAGGCUCGCAGCCAGGUCUGACUGUCGUGGUCGGCCCACCGGGUACCGGCAAGACCGAUGUUGCGACCCAAAUUAUCUCUAAUAUAUACCACAACUUCCCGGACCAACGGACGCUACUAGUUGCGCACAGUAAUCAAGCGCUCAAUCAGCUGUUCCAGAAGAUUGUGGCGCUCGAUAUCGACGAGCGCCACCUCCUUCGUCUGGGUCAUGGCGAGGAAGGGCUGGAGACAGAGACGAGCUACAGCAAACAUGGCCGUGUAGAGUCUUUCCUAGAGAGAGGCACAUAUUAUCUUUCAGAAGUAGACCGACUGGCGAAGAACUUUGGGGCGCCGGGAGCUCAUGGAAGUUCAUGCGAGACGGCAGAUUACUUUAAUCUCGUCUAUGUGAAACCCGCCUGGACGCAAUAUUGGGACAACGUCACAUCAUCAGAAUCCAGUGUCGAGCAGAUAAUUGCAGAAUUUCCUUUCAAGCAAUACUUUGCCGACGCACCUCAACCUCUCUUUCCACCUGACGCAGACAAGGCGCAACUGGUUGAUAUCGCUCAAGGCUGCUACCGCCAUGUGGAGAAGAUUUUCACGGAGCUCGAGGACAUUCGUCCUUUUGAGAUCUUGCGAAACCCGCGAGACAAAGCCAACUACCUUCUUGUGAAGGAAGCGCGCAUUAUUGCGAUGACUUCCACUCAUGCAGCGAUGCGGAGGCAAGAAAUCGCGUCUCUAGGCUUUCACUACGACAAUGUGAUCAUGGAAGAAGCCGCUCAAAUCACUGAAAUUGAGAACUUCAUUCCACUUGCGCUGCAAAAUCCACAGAAUGGAGAACUGCCUUUACAGCGAGUUGUUCUUUGCGGAGAUCAUCUCCAAAACUCGCCCAUCAUCCAAAAUCUUGCCUUUAGACAAUAUGCUAACCUCGAACAAUCACUCUUCUUGCGACUUGUGAGACUGGGAGUACCAACCAUUAUGCUCGACAAGCAAGGACGCGCUCGCCCUUCGAUAGCAGAACUCUACAAGUGGCGCUAUUCAAACUUUGGCAAUCUCCCAUCCGUCUCCACUUUACCUGAGUUCACGACCGCAAACCCUGGCUUCAAAUUCGAUUACCAGUUUAUCGAUGUGCCAGACUACAAAGGCAAAGGCGAAAUGGAACCUACACCGCAUUUUAUCCAGAAUCUUGGUGAGGCAGAGUAUACAGUGGCGCUGUACAUGUACAUGCGAUUACUUGGGUACCCAGCGCACAAGAUCUCCAUCUUGACCACGUACGCGGGACAACGGGCGCUCAUCAAGGACGUGCUGAACCACAGGUGCAAAGGGGAUCCCAUGAUCAACAAGAUGUUCGGUCUACCCCGUAUAGUCGCAACGGUAGACAAGUACCAAGGCGAACAAAACGAUUAUAUCCUCCUUUCCCUUGUGCGUACACGCUCGAUAGGCUAUCUCCGCGACGUGCGCCGUCUUACCGUCGCCCUCUCCCGCGCACGCCUUGGUCUUUAUAUCCUUGGCCGUGCCUCCGUCUUCGCCUCGUGCUUCGAGCUGAAACCCGCUUUCGACACGUUGCUCUCGCGCCCGACCAAGCUUGCCCUCGUCACCGACGAAAUGUUCGCUCCUAACCCCGCCGCACGCUCGCGUCUGCUGACAGAUGCUGUCGAGGAAGGCCGCGAGGCUGUUAUGGAGGGUGUUGAGCAUUUGGGAAAGUACGUGUAUGAGAUGACGCAGGCCAAGCGUGAGAUGCUGGCGAAUGGUGUUAGUGGAGAGGUGCAGGAUGUUAUGGACGUGGCGAUGGCAAAUGGGGUUGAUGAAGACGAUGAUGCGGAUCGUGAGGAGGACGUUGUGGUGCCUGAUGUGUAA